AUGGCACCUCCAUGGGUCACAUUCGAUAGUAUUGCGACCUGGGAUGGAGAUUGUGCCAAUGGAGCAGAGCCAGACAUUGCUGGCGUCGGUGUCGUCUUGUCCUUUGUCAUUGCAAGCUUCAUGACCACGUUCGCGUCCAUCCUCGCUAUGCUUCUCGAUCAAGCCUUCGAUACGAAAGGUCACUUCACGCCUCGAGCGCCGCUCACAUACAUCCGUGAGCGCUUCUUGGAGAACGAGUGGAAGAAGCACUAUGCGUGGCGACCGUUUCUAGACCCACUCAUCAUCGGAUUCGGCGAUCAACAACUCAUCACAGGCUAUGCUGUACUUCUGAGCGGAUGGAUCAAAGUGGCUCAAGGCUCUUUCCGAGUGCAAGGUUCCCACUUCGUUCUUAUCCUCUACGUGUGUGCGCUAUCCUCCUCCUCUCACCUCGCCGCUCUGAUAACGCUCCGCAAAUACUUCCGCAAGUACAAGCUCAUUGCGAAAAUACGCCUCACACUCGUCGUAUUCUUCGCUGUUUUCCUACUCACCUCCAUGAUUGCCGCGAUCGCCAUGCCGCCGAUCCUCGUCGAAGGCGACGAUGGCACAUCUAUGAUUCUACUCGCCAUACUGUCCGCCAUCUUGGUGCUCACGCAGAAGUUUGCAAGGCCAGAGGAUCCGGAUAAGUUUUGCGGACUGCAAGAUGACGAAGAGAAUAUCUGGGGGUUUGGCCAGACUUUGAGCGUGGUCAUGCUUCUGUUGCCAGCUAUCACAGCUUUACAGACGUACCUCGAGGCGCGACAGGAUAUCAAGAAGGGCUUUACUAGAACGCACGAUUGA